CGUAAACCAUACUUGCUCGUCUACACCGCGAUACCUCGUUGUUGUGAAACUAACGUGCUGUGCUGAAAUCCCUGUUCGUCGAUAAACCGUGUGGCCGUCCCAUUGUUCGCGUUCCGUUCCAAACAUUAUCAGCUGUCCAACGCGCACCCGACGUUCUUAAUAUUAUCCCGUAGAACACUGAAAUGGUUUCUUUAAAUCCGGUACGUAUCUUGAAACAUCAAGCCGAAGAAGACAAAGGUGAAAAUGCUCGUUUGUCCAGUUUCAUCGGAGCUAUUGCUAUCGGCGACUUGGUCAAAAGCACGUUGGGCCCGAAAGGCAUGGACAAGAUUCUCAUAUCGCCUGGUCGUGGUGGAAUGGAAGCCAAAGUAGAAGUUACCAAUGAUGGUGCAACAAUCUUGAAAAAUAUUGGAGUCGACAAUCCGGCCGCCAAGAUAUUGGUUGAUAUGUCCAAAGUCCAGGAUGGCGAAGUCGGUGAUGGUACCACUUCGGUUACUGUUCUAGCUGCUGAAUUAUUGCGUGAAGCUGAAAAAUUGGUUGAUCAAAAAAUUCACCCUCAAGUAAUUGUAUCUGGAUGGAGAAAAGCAACAGCAAUUGCACAUGAAGCUUUAAAAGCCGCUUCAUUGAAUCAUAGUUCGAAUGAUGCUAAAUUCCGAGAAGAUUUAAUGAAUAUUGCUCGUACUACUUUGAGCUCAAAAAUUUUAUCCCAGCAUAAGGAACAUUUUGCUAAAUUAUCUGUUGAUGCUAUUUUACGUCUAAAAGGUUCUGGAAAUUUAUCAGCUAUACAAAUUAUUAAGCUUAAAGGUGGAUGUUUAGAAGAUUCAUUUUUGGAUGAAGGUUUUCUUCUUGACAAAAAGGUUGGACAACAUCAGCCAAAGCGUAUUGAAAAUGCUCGUAUACUUAUUGCCAACACUCCUAUGGAUACUGAUAAAAUUAAAGUAUUUGGAUCUCGUAUUAAAGUUGAUUCUAUGGCAAAAGUUGCAGAACUUGAAUUGGCAGAGAAAGAAAAGAUGAAGGACAAAGUUGGAAAAAUACUUGCUCAUGAAUGCAAUGUUUUCAUUAACAGACAAUUGAUUUACAAUUAUCCCGAACAACUUUUUGGUGAUGCUGGUAUUAUGGCUAUUGAACAUGCCGAUUUUGAUGGUAUUGAGCGUUUAGCUCUUGUUACCGGUGGUGAGAUUUUGUCAACAUUUGAUUCUCCAGCUACAGCCAAGUUGGGAACAUGCAAGCUCAUUGAAGAAACAAUGAUUGGAGAAAGUACAUUACUACGUUUUUCUGGUGUAGCACUUGGUGAAGCAUGUAGUAUUGUUAUACGUGGAGCCACUGAACAAAUUAUUGAUGAAGCAGAUCGUUCUAUACAUGACGCUCUGUGUGUAUUAUCGUCUACUGUUAGGGAGCCAACCAUUGUUUAUGGUGGUGGUUGCAGUGAAAUGCUAAUGGCCAAUGCUGUCAGUGUUGUAGCUGCUAAAACAGCUGGAAAAGAAGCAGUGGCUAUGGAGGCAUUCGCUCGGGCCUUACAGGCUCUACCCACCACUAUUGCUGAUAAUGCUGGUUUGGACUCUGCCCAACUCAUCAGUGAAUUAAAAGCUGCUCAUGCUCUUAAUAAGACCACCAUGGGUCUAGAUAUGGAUAAAGGUGCUUUAGGAUGUAUGCAAGAAAUUGGAAUCACUGAAUCGUUUGUUGUCAAAAGACAAGUACUCGUUUCCGCUGCUGAAGCUGCUGAAAUGAUAUUGCGCGUUGAUUGUAUUAUUAAGGCUGCACCAAGACAACGAGUUGAAGAUCGUGGUCACUGUUAAUUUAUAAUAAUACUAAUUUUCACUAAAAACAUCCUAAUAACAAACUAACUCCAAAAAAUAUAAGGUUGUUUUAAUUCACGUAUUUUUUAUAUACAUUUUUUUUUUUUAAAAUAUAAAAAUAUGAAAUACUA